AUGUCUCAGACUUAUGGGAACAACCAGUCCGAGAUAUACUCUCAAGGAACCACCUCAGGCGUCAAUCCUACUGCCAGCACUAAUCUUCGCCAACUUGAAGAACAGGCAAAGACGGCCUUGGGAAUCCGUAGCUUCAAAUAUACCGCGCGUGGAGAAUAUUCCAAUCCUCAUGUUGUGGCGCCUGUUUGGUGUGCAAUCCAUUUCUCAUUCCACGAAGACAAGGAGACAAGACUUGCAGAGGCAUGUGGGAAUAUUGGGGUCCCGUAUAUCCUUGGCACAACGAGCAGCAGCUCGAUUGCUGAUGUGGCAAAAGCCAAUGGCAAUAGAAAGAGAUGGUUUCAUCUGGAUUGGCCAAGGGACGAUAAGAGCACACUUUCCUUGUUGACACGUGAAAAGGAUAAUGGCUUCGUCGACGGUCCGCUGCUCCUGAAGGUAAUUCAGCAUGUGGAUUAUGCAAAGCUUGCUGUGGAGGCGGGCGGUGAUGGCAUCGUCGUUUCCAAGCAUGGAGUCAGGGACAAACUGACGGCUCUCUUCGACUCCGGGAUCCGAACGGGUGCAGGUCUCAUCAAAGCACUCUGUCUAGGAGCAAAAGCAGUUUUUAUUGGCGAGCCAGUCAUUUACGGGUUGGAUAUGGAUGGGAAGAAAGGAGCAGAUAUUGUCAUCAGAGGGCUCUUGGCGGAUGUCUGGCAAAACAUGGGGCUAUCGGGGAUUCGGUCUGUGGCGGAGUGCUACUGCGACAAGAUCCGAAAGGUCGUGUAUCCGGGGGAGAUGGGGCACGCUAUAAUGUAA